GCGCCCGGACCCGCGACGUCGCCGGGCCCGGGCCCGCGGCCCCCCCAGGUCUCGGCUCCUGCGCCUCCACCCGUGGGCAGAUGAGAUGUGAAACUCGAGGACGCGUUCCGGGGCCGGCCGGGCCUGAGAUGACGGCCGCCCGACCCGAGCUCGCCGUCAUCGUGCUCCCGCUGCUCCUGCUGUCCCUGCACGCAAGCCCCGCAACAGGUGGACUCUGCUGGUCCUCCAUCAGCAACGGGCGGUGCAGGGAGCUGUUAUCGCUGGAGGUCUCGCGAGAGGAGUGCUGCGCCUCGAACGCGGCCGCGGAGACGGCCUACUCCGACGACGACCUGGACAGCGGGAGCCUCUUCUUCUGGAGGGUCCUCGGCGGUGGAGUGCACUGUCGACCUUGCAGAGAGAGCUGCGCCGAGGUGCGGUGCGAGGAGGGGAAAAAGUGCGUGGUUCGCAAGGGGAGGCCCCGGUGCGUGUGCAGCCCGGAGUGCAAGGCCCCGCGGGGCGGGGGCCCGGUCUGCGGGACCGACGGGCGCAGCUACAAGAGCCUCUGCCGACUGAAGAAGAGGGCCUGCAAGAAGGGCAGCCACGAGCUCGCGGUCGCCUACAACGGCUACUGCCAAAGUUCGUGCGCUCGGGUGCGGUGCGGCCAGGGGCGAAGCUGCCUGCUGGACCAGAACCUGAGCCCGCACUGCGUGAGGUGCGCCCGCAGGUGCCCGCAGCAGCCGCACCAGGUCGCCGGCGCGCGUCCUGUCUGCGGUGCCGACGGAAACACCUACAAGAGCGCCUGCCACCUGCGCCUCGCCGCCUGCCGCGCGGGCCGCGCCAUUCCGGUCGCCUAUAAGGGCCACUGCAAGCCGACCGCGGACUGCACGACGAUCCAGUGUCGCGAGGGUCAAACCUGCCUGACGGAGAUGACGUCGGGCCGGCCGCGGUGCGUCACGUGCACGUACCGAUGCCCCCGGAAGCGGGAGCGCGUCCGGGACCGGGACCGGAAGCGGGACCGGGACCGGGACCGGGACCGGGACCGGGACCGGGACCGGGACCGGGACCGGGACCGGGACCGGGACCGGGACCCCUCGAUCUCGCUGCUCUGCGCCUCCAACAACAUCACCUACCCCAGCUGGUGCCACAUCGUCAAGGACGCCUGCGUGACCGGCUUCGUCCUGGAGACACGGCACGCCGGGCCCUGCGACGCCUACGACGCGUCCUUUUACGUCGAGGAGAACAACACGUCGACCGGUUACGGCGUGGACCUAGCCGACGAAGUCGCCAGGACGGAGGACGCCGAGGAGCCGGGGACGCCGCGGACGCCGCGGACGCGCCGCUCUUCGACGUAGCGCAUCCCCUGGGCCGCCCGGCGUCGCCCGGCGUCGCCCCUCGAUUCGCGGUUUAGCGAAUUUUAGAUAGGCAAGGGCGAGUUGGCACCGAGUCAGUAUUCAUGCGCGGCUUCGCUCGCGGGACUGCCGCUUCCCACGGGGCGCGGUCGAAAGUGCCGUCGAAGACCGAAGUCGAAUCCGAAACCAAGAGCACCCGAACGCGGGCGUCGGCGACCAACGAAAUCGAUCUCGGUCUUCUUCGCAAGGAAAGCGCAUCCGACGUAUCUUGCGGUACGUCGCAAAAUGCAAGACACGUUUUUCUUUAUACGUGCCAAUAACUCGCGAGUCUACGGGGUGAAGACCUUCCUUUAAAUCGAUCAACGGUUCUUUUAACAUUUUCGCGCGAACCACCUAGGAUUUGUUCGAUCUCGCAUGGUCCGAUUCUGGCCUGAGCCUUGCAAAACGUAAGAAAAAGUGCAUAGCUGCGAGUCCAAGACCGAGACCGAAUUUCUUCGUCACCGGCAGAGAUCCCGCAAAAGUCAGAAACCUGCACCGAAAAGACCGGACCUCGCGGUGUUUCGCAAAAUUGCACGAAUCACGAAAGUCGAACAUCGCGAUUAGUCGACUCAAGGAGAGACGCAACGUGGGGAGAGAGAGAGAGAAAGAGAGAAAACGCGAGUUUAGAAUUCCGUAAGGUGUUGCGAAAGGGCCAUUUUACGUGAAAACCUUGACACAUUUUUUCCCCAAACUCGAUGCACCGAAUCAUUUGAUAGUUCGGUUCGGAGUUAUAAUUGUCUCGAUACGAGCGGAAUGACCCGGUUAGGGUAUGAUCGUUGUACUUAAUUUAUUUGAACGCUUCCCGCUUCGAGGCGUCGCGGCGGAGGUGCAGGUGCGAGGGCGCAGCGAGGGUCGGUUCUCGGCGGCGGCCGAGAAUCCUCCAGUGGAAUUCUACGUUAACGAUACUCCCGGUCUUUCCCGGACAAAACGAGGAGCGUCUCCGCCUAAGACGGGGGACGCGGUUUGCGGAAUGCGCAAACUCCUUCCGAGGACCGCGAGGAACGAUCGACGCUCGCGCGCCGGGGGACGCGAAACGGCACGCGGAGGGCUAAAAAGAAAGACGUUACGACACUGGACGUCGCAGACGUUCAAGAAUUUACAGGGGGAAUAAUAAUCUCCGCCAGGGAGACCCGGAGCUUCGGGGAAAGGUUUUAUCGCCGGGGACGACCGGAGCGAAGGGGACUCGCUCUCCGUCUCUCUCUCCCUCUCUCCGCCUUGCGACUCGACUCCUCCCGCAAGGCUUGCGGAAUUUUCGCAAUUGCGCUAAGUAAUCUCCUAGGGGGCCUCUUCUCGGGAACGGCGCAGGGCACCGAAAUACCAUCCAUCCCCUCGGAUCGACCCCGAAGACCGAUUCGGACGGGUCCGCACCGCGUCCGUGCAGCUACGUGCACCGGAACGACGUCUCGGACGUCACGGGUUCCUUUGAAUCGAUGUUUACCCGAGGCCUCGCGCGCUGUUAGAAUCUGGCCUUGUAAAAGAAAAGGUAUCGAAAAAUUUGGAAAAUUAUCCCUGUCGAAAAGUCGUCCUGUAGGAUGCACGGUCUCGGUCGUGGGACUUUCCAUUACGACAUCCGGAGAUGUCGGCGACGCGGACAAAGCCCUAUGCAAGUGGAUCGAUUUAGAGCCUACUCCAUGUUACUAAACAUUUACAUAUCGUAUACCGGUUUCGACCUUGCGUGUUUUUCGUGUCUAUAGGGUAUUAUUGCGUAGACGUUUAAACAUGUCAUAUCGAUACGUGAAGCCGAGGCGGCCGAGAACGAAAAUCGACCUCGAGAUCGAUGCCCUAUCGAUUAUCGAACCGACCGACGCAUCUGCGGGCGGAUGGCCGCUUCGCCCUUAAACCUUAAUAUACCCUCGAGAUGGGGAAGGGAGGAAACGUUAACGAAAAACGAAAAAAAGAGGAUGUAGUCGGGCCACGUGAAUAGCGCGACAUGCGAGUAGAUACGACCAUAGUUCCUGUACAAUACGGUAUAGAAAUUUAAUAUAAAAUUAUUAAUGGUAGCGCCGCACGAAACGUUAUAUAUAUAACAUGCAUAUGCAUACUGUAUAUGUAAGGUUCGUCGUCGCGCGGAAUCGUAAAGAGCUCGGAAGUUGACGUGGACGAAGAAGGUAGAAAAGGAGAUCGAACGAAGCUUUUCGGGGACGACAUUCGCGGGAAACUUCAAAUCGGCGAAUUACGGCCGAUCCGUAAGGCGGACAUACCCAUGGCGAGGUCACGCGAUUCUCGUCCAAAACGAAAAGGAUACCGGUUCGACACCCUGAAGGAAACUCGAAGGAACCGCACUAACGAGACAAUAAAAGGAAGGGAACGAAUAAAUCGGCAGAUGGCUCUCUUCCUUUCGGCAAAUUGCGCGGUCCACGCGUGUCUCGUUCUCUCUCUCUCUCUCUCUCUUUCUCUCGCCCGCCUUCCUCGGGCCCCCCUCUUCCGUCUCGCUCUUCGGACUCGUCCUCUUGCCUCUUCCUCUUUUUUAAUUAUUAUUUUCUCUCCGUCUGCCAGCUCGUUCAUCCGUGGCUUUUCCUCUUCCUUUUUCUCCUCUCGCCCAUCCAACGGUGGAAAAAAUACUCGCGGCUUCGGUUCGCCUCCGAAGAUCCCUCCUCGAGAGUCUCUCUCUUUCGGAGGUUCUUUCGAAAGUUGCGCUCCCAGCGAGAAAGUUUCUUUUCCGAAAGGCUAAACCUCUGUGGCUACCUCUUCGAUCGACGCUACAUGACGAGUUUCUCGCGUUAAUAUGCAAAAAAAAAAAUUCAUUUUGCGUACCUACCCGACCGAAAUGAAAUGCAAAAAUUAGGGUGCAGCGAUACUCUGCAUUUCUCCAUACUGGUCUUAAGUUUCCAUUUCCAUGAAAAAUUCUCGCUACCCCUUCAUCGAAAACAGUUCUGACGAGCCCUAUGGGUGAAAUAAAGGAUAUUAAUGAAUAAAUAAACGUCCGAAAACUCACACAUUAUUAUAUACGAUCAUUCGAUCCUGAAUUUUGAAAACUCGUGUACAAGAAACUAUACCGAUACGUAUCCUCGUGACAUUGAAAAAAAAAUUCAGGAAGUGAAAUGCACUUAGAAGGAAAUCGUAAAAACAAAUAAUAUCAUUCAAUUUUAUGGUAACGUUUAAUAUCUCUUAUACGUAUUCUGGUAUACAUAUCAUAAUUGCAGAGUCUCGGAGUGAAGAGGGAAUUCCUUUUAAGGGAAUGCAUAUAUUUUCGCGAUUACCCGAUCGCAGGAUUAAGGGGUCGCAUAAUAGGAUUAGACGUAAACGUGGCGACUAUUCCCCACGUAAUGCAGGUUUACGUGGUUACCCUGACGUUUAAUAUCCUUUAGUUACCUCGCUCGGUGCUCAUAGGACAGUUCUCUUCUCUUUCUCCUUCUCUCCUUCUUCCGCGAUGCACCUGCACGCACGUGCAUCCGGUGCAACGCGAUGUGCCGACUUCGCGUUCGAUCCUCUCCCACCUACAAAGGUACUCGGAAUUACGGGGUCGCUUAUACGAUUCUACAAAUGGGACAGACGGUAAAUACAAUAUUUUAGACAUGAUUUGCACGCGGAAACGAAUCGAUGCGUCGAUUCAUUUUUCUGUCAUUUUCGUAGACUUUUUUUUUUCAUUUUAAAUCGCCUUCAAAAAUAGACGCAUACCAUCAGCACGUAACGAUUUCUUCGAAAUGCAUUUACUGCACCUAGAUAUUUAUAUAGACAGACCCUAUGGACUCCAAAGUGGGGACGAUUUGAAUACACGGCGUUGCAUCUCCUUAUACUACUUCGUGCUUGAGCGUAAAAGAGGGUCGCGUUCCCACGCCGAGAAGUUGAAAAAAGGAUUUCUCUCGGUCCAAAUAAAUGACAUCCUCCCGGGAGAGCCGGAUCGCGAUUUAUUACAAUCAAAUUGCCCUCGGCUCGACAAAGGGCGGAUGCACGUGGAUGCACGCGCCGAGGUUGAGCCGGAUUUGAUUCGCGCGAUAAACCGCAAGAUGACAGCCUUGAACGAGACGCCGUAUUUCGGGAUCGUUUCCUUUCCCCUCUGGUGCAAUGAUUAUCGAGGACGAAUCCGAGAGAAAAAGGCAUCGUGGACCCGAUGAGUCGCCGAGGCUGAGAUACGUUUGGAUACAUUACUAGGGUGCUCCUCUAUAAGGCGUAGGGUGAGCGUCUCGAAAGACUAGCAAGUCCGGGAGAACGUUCUCCCUGGUUCUCCCGGAAUGAGAAUUGCAACGCGCCGCGCAAAACUUGGACGGGUGCGACCGAUCGCCCGAAGAAUAACGUAUAAUCUCUCGCUAGCUCUUAAGUAUUAAUGCUUUAUCUAGGUGGUAAUUGAAGAAAUUAACUUAUAGAUUCGAGCAACUACUUUAAAGACUGUGGAACAUUAUAGGUGUAUAAAUGUUUAAAUAAAUUAUUAUAACGUAACGAA